CUCGGCUGGUCUCGCUUCUCUUAAUUCCUGUGUCACUGCCCUUCUCUGUUGACGGCUCAAACUCUGAUAAACAAAAGGAAAAAUCGAUGGAUCCAGACGCUGUAGCCAAGGCUUUUGUCGAUCACUACUACUCGACAUUCGAUGCGAACCGGGCCGGUUUAGCCAAUCUCUACCAGGAAGGUUCCAUGUUGACCUUUGAAGGUCAAAAGAUCCAAGGCUCUCAGAGCAUUGUCGCUAAGCUAACCAGCCUUCCUUUCCAGCAGUGCAAGCACAAUAUUACCACCGUUGAUUGCCAGCCAUCUGGCGCCGGCGGCGUCCUCGUCUUCGUCUCUGGAACACUACAACUCGCCGGCGAACAACAUGCUCUCAAGUUUAGCCAGAUGUUUCAUUUGAUGCCAACACCACAAGGAAGCUUUUAUGUGUUGAAUGACAUAUUCAGGUUAAACUACGCGUGAAGAGACAGAAAUCACUACGAUUAAUCAGGUGAUGGGAAUACAAAUCUCAAGGAUUUAUAAAUCUGGUUAUCUUUUAGACAUUUUAAAUGAAAAAUGGAAAUAUUUUUUGGUUUAAUUAUGUGGGUGGGUAUGAUGGUUUCCAUUCCAGUCUCCAUAUUUCAGAGACGUUGUUGUGAUUGGCUGAGGACGCAGUCUUCUGAAUUGGAUGAAUGUUGGAUGUUGGAUUAAAGACUUGUUUUUAGUUAAAGCUUAUGGCUCUUUGAAACAGAUUUUCCAUCAAUAAAUCACAGAUUUUUGUUUCCA